UUUUCGGCAAAAUGGCGGAAGGUGCGUCGAUUGUUCCCGAGUUGGAAACUCAGAAGAACGAAAUAACCAAUAUUUCUCAGAAAAAUUUAAAAAAGGGAGAUGUUUGGUGUUUGAUUGAUAAUAAAUGGUUCAAACAAUGGAAAAAGUAUGUGGGUUACGACAGUUGGGAGACCUCAAAUAUUGGAGAUCGUGCAACUCAUCCUGGCCCGAUAGAUAAUUCCCCACUCUUGAAAGAUGAUGGAAGUAAUGAGAUCAAAGAUCAUCUUAUAGAUGAGUUAGAUUAUGUUCUGUUGCCAGAAGAAGCAUGGGACCUCCUGGUAGAGUGGUAUGGGAUGACAGAGGGACAGCAGUCCAUCCCUCGCAAAGUUGUUGAAUAUGGCAUGUUCGUCAAGCACUGCAAAGUUGAAGUUUAUCUAGUGGAAUUUAAAUUAUGCUUAAAUAGUGAUUUAGAACAUGUUGUAACUAAAAAGUUUAGCAAAUCUGAUACUAUAGACUUUAUAGAGAAGGAAAUGAGGACUCUCUUCAAUAUCUCGGACGAAAAGGAAACUCGGCUCUGGAAUCGGUACAGCAGUAACACUUAUGAGCACCUUAGCAACAAAGAGAGUACAGUUCAGGAUGCUGGACUCUAUCAUGGUCAGGUUCUCAUUAUAGAAGAAAAGAAUGACGAUGGAACUUGGCCUAGACAAGUCAAGAUUACAAGUGCUGCCCUCGCUUAUACAAAUUCCACAAGUACGGGUGCAGGAGAUAGCAGAACCUAUAACAACCAGACCAGUACCAUGGCCACGAGGAGUUAUGGGAGUGUUGGCGGAGGCAACUAUGGUGGCUCAAGUUAUUCUGCUUAUAAUGAGUAUCACUCAGGUGGAGGAGGGAGCGUUCAUCCUGGCCUCUGUGGUUUGAGCAAUCUUGGAAAUACUUGCUUCAUGAACUCUGCACUACAGUGUAUGAGCAACACACCUUCCCUUGUAGACUAUUUCCUGCAGGAUCACUAUUGGGGAGAACUAAACAAGGACAACCCUCUUGGUAUGCAGGGGGAGAUUGCCAAGUCAUUUGGAGAACUCGUGAAAAACAUGUGGUGUGGGCGUUAUUCGUACACAGUUCCCAGGAAUUUCAAGAUGAUUGUCGGAAGAUUUGCCCCACAGUUCUCUGGUUACCAACAGCAGGAUUGCCAAGAACUGAUGGCCUUCCUGCUGGAUGGACUCCACGAAGAUCUCAAUCGAGUCAAGAAAAAACCCUACAUAGAAUUGAGUGAUGCAGAUGGGCGACCUGAUGAGCUUGUUGCAAAGGAGGCUUGGGAAAACUAUCUGAAGCGAAAUAAUUCCAUUAUUGUGGACAUCUUCCAUGGCCUAUUGAAGUCAACCCUGGUGUGUCCUGAGUGCUCCAAGGUGUCUGUUACCUUUGAUCCCUUCUGUUACCUGUCCCUGCCUUUGCCCAUUAAGAAAGAGCGCCAUAUUGAGAUCCUGCUUGUCACAGAUAACCCAGAGAAGAGGCCGAUGAAGAUGAAAGUGACUGUACCAAAAAUGGGUAACGUGAAAGACCUUUGUGAAGCUGUCAGCCGCAAGACCUGCAUUCCGGCCGUUAACUUAAUAGUUGCUGAUGUAUAUAAUCACAAAUUGCAUAAAAUAUUCAAAAAAGAAGAAAGUUUAACUAAUAUCCUGGAAAGAGACGAAAUUUUUGUAUAUGAAAUGCCUGUUUCUAAAGAUCCUGACAAUGCUUUCUACAUGAUUCCUGUAUACUUGAAAGAAAGAAAACCCAAACCUGGAAUGGGAUAUGGCGCUACGUCGUCUACUCUUUUUGGCCAUCCCUUCUUUGUGCCCGUCCCUGUCGAAAGUUGCUCCUUUGAUCAACUUUACCACAUACUCUCGCAUUUUAUGAAGAGGUAUACAAAGUUUCCCCAGACAGAAGAAGAUUGGGAAAUAAUCGAUUCUGAGGAAGUGGAAAAACAGAAUGGAGAGAUGGAAUUGACGAAUGGCGAAGACUAUGACAGUGAGCAUUCUGAGGGUGAGAAAGAUGGUACCAUGGAGAGCAAUGAAGAAGGGGGUCGAGACAAGCGACAUAUCUUUAGCAUUCACAGUGUCAAUGCGCUAGGCAGCAUGGAUGUAGAGCACCUGGAUGACCGAGGCAGUCUACUCAAACUGGAUCGCAAGAUGUAUCUAGCUGUUGAAUGGGAAGAGAAAAUGAAAGAAAAGUGCAUCAAUGAAAAAGAACUAUUGGCAUAUACAGUGCACGAUUCGAUGAGCGUUCGUGUCUCUCAGAAGAAGCAAGUGAUUCAACUAAGUGAGUGCCUAGAGCUGUUUACUACUGUAGAGAAACUGGGUGCAGAGGACCCUUGGUUCUGUCCCUCAUGUCGCCGGCAUCAGCAGGCCACCAAGAAAUUUGACCUCUGGUCUCUACCUCAAGCCUUGAUUAUUCAUCUGAAGAGAUUCUCUUACAACCGGUACUGGAGGGAUAAGAUUGACUCCCUGGUUGAGUUCCCUGUCAAUGGUCUUAACAUGGCCAAGUACGUUCUCAAUCCAUCCCAUGGCCCUGCAGUCUAUGAUCUUGUAGCGGUCGCUAAUCACUUUGGAGGAAUGGGAGGAGGACAUUAUACAGCAUACGGGAAAAACAAGCUGAAUGGUCUCUGGUAUUACUUUGAUGACAGCAGUGUCACACAAUCCUCCGAAGAUAAUGUUGUUUCUAAAGCUGCCUAUGUGUUGUUCUACAUGAGGAGGGACUCCCACCGAUCCUCUCUGUCUGCCGCACUGGGGGCGCCACGCAUCACGCGAGAUGACGAUGCCUCUUCUAGUGACGAGGAUUGCAGCAUGGAUGUUAACUAGAACAUUCGAGUUUUCACCGACCCAAGGACUCUCGACGAGCGCAGGAGAAGAGACUUUCCAUUUUGCCCGUUUGUUUCUUUGCUUACUGUCCCGAUGCUUUCAAGAGAGACGAGUGGAAUGAGCUUUUUGCAAAGAGACAAGCCAACCAAAAUUGUAAAUUUGAAUUGAAGAACGAUCCACUGAGAGCUCUCGCAAUACUCACCCGAAACUUUUUUUUUUUUCCAAAUCCUUUGCCGAGUUACGUUUUGUCCUUCUUGCGGAGUCGCCCCGUGCGAGCUCUUCCCCGACACUGUGAUUUUGUGUGUUUCUUUCUUCCUCCUGCCCCGGGGAAUCGAGUGAGUGGAGUCAAAAGGAUGCUUCUGCCUUAACAUGGUUUUUGUUCGUUCGGCCCGGAGAGCGAGUGUACAUAGGAGUCUCGGGAGGGGCUCCGGUUUCCCUCCUCCAAAAAAUCCGAGGACGUGGAAUCUUGAAUUACUUGUAAUAUAUUGUGCUAUACAUUACAGAAUUUUAAUUUAUUUCACUUAAUAAAUUUUAUUAGGGUA